AAACGUACAGUGAGUUACAGUGUAUGGAAAAUCACUUAUUAUCAGUGAAAUUCGUGCUUCGAUAUCCCAUAAAAAUCGCAUUUGAUGCAUAUGUAAUAAAACGUGUAACUAUAUCCUGGAAUUUUGUAAUAAAAACCUCAAAAUCGAUCUGGAAGUCUAAACCGCAUCUAGGCGCAGGGAAUCAAAGGAAGGGAUCACAACUCGGAAUCACUCUGUGCGGCACACGAUUCGUGUGCAGGACGUUGCGCUUUUCUGUUUCGUUGACUGGGUUAGUAGAGCUGUCCAGAUUAGCGACGCAACGCAGCAGACAUGUCAUCCGCAAUGUCGUCGGAUUCAACGAAGGCGGCCGUCCUGAAGCUGCUCGACGAACAGCAGCGCCCUUUUUCGCUGGCCGACAUUUCCGAGAAGGUCAAGGAGCUGGGAAAGUCGUCCAUUCAGAAGGCCCUGGACAGCUUGGUGCGUCGCGGUAAGAUCAUCGAGAAGGUGUACGGUAAACAAAAGAUCUACUGCAUCGCCCAGGAGGAUGGGAAACCGGAGCACGCUGAGCUCAUUCGACAACUGGACACGGAUUGCGUCCGCCUCCGCGAGGAACUGACCCGGCGGCAGCAGCAGAUCCGUUCGCUCGAAACCGCACUAACCGAGCUGUCCUCGAAGAUGACAGUUGGAGAGGCCCUCGAGGAGAUCGAAUCGUUGGAGCGCGGAAUCGAGCUGCUGCGCGGUCAGUUGGAGGAAGUUCGUGCAGCUGAAAAGGAGUCAUCAUCCUCCCACGCUCCACCACCACCACAGCUGGACAAGGAUGAGCUGGAGAAGAAGUACAACCUCUACCUGUCGGCGUAUCGCAAGCGCAAGCGAAUCUGCACCGAGAUGAUCGGUCACAUCAUGGAGGGUUACCCGAAGAGCAAACAGCACUUGCUCGAGGACAUUGGCAUUGAGACGGACGAGGCGGUUGGAUUCCGGCUGACGACGCUGACGGAGUAAGCAAGUCGCGCGAUCUUUCAACUACGGGCGAAUCAUUUAUCUUGUGGCUUGUUGAAAUACACUAAAUUGAAUGGACGGAAAAUGAAAAUGAUCAUUAGGACAUUAGAGACCGUCA